AUGGACAACGUGGAGUGUGUGUGCGCGGAGGCGACCACGCUCGGCAUACUGAAGGAAGUGCACAGCGCUUACAAACACAGGCUACAGGUCAUUGACAGGAUGUCCGGGGGGGAGAAGCUGCAGAAACAAGUGGAAGUUCUUCAGUCGUGGGUGGAGGACCUGGUGGAUCAGAACACGCUGCUGGCGCGGACGGUCGAGGAGUUGGAGACUGAAUUCACGUCCAAGCUACUUCUUGAGAGAAGGAGGCACUCCGAGGUUGUCAGUGAGCUACAAACAGAGACAUGUGUUCUUCGUCGCCGUCUCUCCCGCAAGGAUGCCGACCUGAGAGGACUGUUGGAGGUGUUGAGGAGGUUGCGGGAGUUUGAUCACUGUUCCAUCGACGGCAUACAUUUCCACGAAGUCACCGAAUCCGAUAUAUUCGGCACUGUUCUAUGGGACGUACCAAAGAAGGAUGCUGAAGUAACGGCUGAUAUUUGCUGCACACAAGAGUUUGAGUGUCCGGCGCAGUGUGGCGACUCCGAGCCGGUGAGGGAGAGGGCGUUGUACAGCGGUCGGCUGCAGCAGAUGGAGUCAAGCGGCGACAACAUCCGCUCCCUGCGUCAGCUGAACGUGUCUCUGUCAGAGGAGGUCCGCGCCCUGCAGCGGGUGUGCGGCGCUCUGGACGAGCAGUGUCGAGCGAUGGGGCUCCGGGCGAGGUUCAAGGAUGACGUCAUACAUGAGAUGAGGCGCCAGCUGAGACAGGCCAAGGCUAAGCUCAAAGAACUAUCGGAGUCCAAUAUACCGAAGAGCCAGAAGGCCCAGGAGGUGUGUCGGGAGUCUGCAUCGAUGGAGUCGCUGGUGGGGUGCGGUCCUCGCCACAGACACAGGCAGGACGAGCGACACAUGAACUGCUCCUGUCACAGCUCCAUCUACGACGUGUCAGAUGACGACGCCUCCUCUAAACCUGAGUAG